AUGCCCCUAAGGGAGCGCAACCCAAAGAAAAAGACUCUGAAAAGAGUUCGAGAUGAAUCAGGUUCAGAAUUAGAAGCCCCUCAGAAACGUCGAAGUGGAGAUAAAGACCCCAAGCAGGUCCCUGCUGAAUCGGGAGCCCAGGGCAAACCCCUGCAGCUUAAGACUCGCGGUCCUCUCCUUCCGAAACGGCCAAGAACAUGGGAACCCCAUGAUCCUCCAAUCACUAAUUACAAUGAUGUUCCUGUGGGGUGGUCAAUGGACGAGCCGGAUAUCCAUCAAAAUGAUAUUGAAGGCCAGAUUGAGAGAUGUCAUGUAAGAAUUGAAGAGGGAAUUAUGCCUAUUAUAUUUGAAAAACGACUCGAGAUGUAUGACGGGCUAAAGAAGCGACGAGAAGAAAUGCUUGCCUCGGAACCAGGACUAUCUUGGGAGGUUGUUUUACGCCUUGAAAGUCUGAAAUCUAUCAGAGAAGAACUCACCGAGUCAGAAGACCCUACCGAACAGCUUCCAAAUGUGGAUGCAAUCAUCGCAGCGUACCGAUCUGGGAAGUUGACCUGGCGGCCCGGAUACGUGACAUUUUGGUCGAAGGGAAAAAAGCUCGGUCGAUCAAAGAAGUUCGACGUUGACGACUUCCUGGAGGUUAACAGGGAGCAUGAAGGGCAUAAAGGAUUCUGGGUGGAAGGGCGCGAUGGGCUUGAGCCGGCUCACAGUUAUAUAGCCAGUGAAUUACUCGCCAUGUAUCCUCAUGCGUUUGAGCACGAGAUGACCCUUGAUAUUCGUAUCCCAGGCUCAACAGUAAGGCAUCCCCUUUAUUUCCUUGACGAUACUGGAGCCACCCAUAUGCACAUCUUUCAAGGAGAUCUAGACCUCCUCCAUACAAUGGAACCUAAUCAUCAGGCGCCAGGCCUCGGCUGGGUAAUAUUGAAUACAAGCAACGGCAAUAUGAAGGCACCCAGCGUUCUAUUGGAGGCUGCACUAUUCUCAAGUACAGACGUUCAAUUAAUACCGUGGACAACAAUUAAUGCCGUGCUAUACAGAGGAAGCCAGUCAAGCCCCACGGAUUUCAGGCUUUCAGGAAUUUGGUGGCGCCACAUGAUCGGCAUUGCAUCGCUUCCAGAUGAUACGGGACGCUUACACCUGGCAACUGAAAGGAAGGAUUUUGAUAACCUUCCCGAUUUUGAUAGAGACGCAGAGGCUGCUCCACCCCCAAUAUCAUGGCAUGCGCCUGCGGCUGCACCGCCUGCGCCACCUCUUCCACCUCCACUAUCUACUACGACGAAUUGGGCUUCAGGGAGUUGGGCCAUUACUCCAGCUGCCCCCGCUGCCCUAGCAGCUCCUGCAGCUCCUGCAGCCACUGGUGCAGCGGGACAAUCACGCAGAAGAGGAUUGAGAGACAGGGCGGCUAAAGGUCUUCGAAAAAUCUUUAAGUAG